GUUGAUUACUACUAACUUGUCACAAAGAUAUUUAGCACACUAGUUUCGUCUACAAUUAUUUAAGCUAUCUGGGAUAAACUAUUAUAGAGGUCAAUGAUGCAAAGUUCAGAUUAUCUGUAACAUACUAAUUGAAACGUUGGACUGGAAGAGCCAGUUACAAAUAUCAGAACUGUCAGCUGAUAGAUUUUAGCGUCUUUUAAAUCAAAUGAGCUCAUGGGCUGUUACUCGAAGAGAUGAAACGCAGGAAGCUGAUUAUGGAUCAAUGCAUCUGAAUGAGACACCCUGUCUAUACCGUUUGACAUCUGGGUUUUCUGGCUGUUCUGCUCAGUCCAUUGCUACUCGAUGGAUUGAAAGGAGUUUCGAACUAAAUAAUUUGACUUUAACGGAUUAUCAACGACGUGUUCAAGAAAUUCGACGUUCAGUUCGUCAAGGUAUCGAUUCAGCAGCAACAUGUACAGAUGGGAUUAUUCAUGCAUUAAAGCAAUUAAUUCAUAGUGGAUGGCUUAACAGCCGAUGGAAUUUAAUCAGUGUUGAUUGUGAUCACUUCGCAUCGGAACCAUGGGAAAAAAAUUUUGCUUGUUGUUAUCGUAAUGCUCAGUGUAUACUUUCAUCUUUAUUUCGGAUUCCUGAGUUUAGAAAACGUCUUUUUGGAUCCGUGUCUGCGAUGCCAUCCAUAUGGAAACUACAAGCUCUUUUGGAGUCUGCUUGGUCACUUGGUUUUGAUCCACUUGGUGCAUCCCAGAUAUCUUCAACGAUCAAUCCGAAUAAAAUGUCGUCUGGUGUCAAUCCUACAGGUUCUGAUGACAUGAUUUCUACAGAUAGUCGUAAUCUCGUUGGAAUUGUAGACAGUACUGCAUGUCUAGGUGCCACUGAUAUGGUUUCUCUUUUCGGAUCGAUAGGAAUACGUUCGUCAAUCAUAGAAUGUCGUGCCCCUUCCGGCCCUGGUGGAACUCACCCAUACCUCUUAACUCAUAUUUACUCUUAUAUUACCUCAGGUAAUAGUCAUGGAAUAUCGAAUGAGUCUGUCACACUCCCAAUGCUAUUACAACAUGAAGGUCACAGUCGUAUAGUUAUUGGUGUCGAAGUAAGUAUUUAUUUCUUAAUGUUUCAUGGGAUCUUUUUUUAAUGUUGUACGCGAUUAUAACUUUGUUUAAUGAUUUAUGUAGCAUCGUUGAUAUAUAUAUAUAUAUAUAAUCGUUCUUGGUGAUAAAAAUAUCGACGUAAAGCAAUUUACUCUCAACUUUCAAGUAUCUGACCUUGAAUUUUCUUUUACUUCUUCCAAUUAGUUUUUUUAAUUCUCACAAUAGUUAGUGCGUAAAUGGAUAACCCCAUGUUUCACCAAUAAAAACUUUUACGAAGUGUUAUUAGAAUAUUCUGGGAGUUUUCAUCCACAAGCCAAAUGAUCAGAUUUUUAAGUCAGACCACAAGUUAUCUCAUCUAUCUCAUUAAUUUUUGUUAAAAUAUUAAUUUCCGCCCCUUUUCGUUUUAUUUUUUUGGGGGGGGGGAGGUGGGAUCAGUAAACCUUUAAGUAUUGAUCACUUCAGUGUUCUUCUUUUUAGGUUGAUGAAGAUGACAAACCGUUAGCUCUCAUUGUUCUAGAUCCUGAUGUAUCGGCUGAAGCUAUGCGUCAAGUUAUCAAAGCAGCUGAUUAUUCUGUAUCUAGUCCGAGUAUAGAUUUAUCUCAUCUUUCUUUCGGAUCAUAUAAUUGGAUGGAUGUUUUAGGAAGUAUGCGUGUGGAUAUGACUCAGUUAGUUCAACCUCAGUAUCAACUGCUUCAAAUUAAUGGAUUAAUAGAAACGGAUUUAGAUCUCCAGGACGCCAUGGUUCCGGAAAAUGUUACAGUUGCGAUCUCAUAAAAAAAUCGUUUGGAAAUGUAACGUUAUUUUUUAUCUAAACCCCAUUCUUAACAUUUUUUUCUUGGAUGUUAGUAAUUUCCAUUCAUCUAAUUUAAUGUUUCUCACAUUCUUUCUGCAUUGUAUUACUUUCAUUCUUAUAUAGACGUUUUAUGUUUCUUAGGUUUAUUUUUAUACAUGCUUUUAACUAAUCUCACGACAGUUCAUCACUAUAGGUAUGAUUGUUUUUAUUCCCAAUGACCCCAUUGCUUUCACUUGUAUUUCACGUAUUCGUUUUUCUGCCCGUUUCUUUAUCUUUCUACGGUGUAACACUACUACUUAAUGAUCAGCUAUGAUAAAUCUGCGUACUAUCUUUAUCUUCGCGCUUUCAUGUUUCAUCCUUCUUUAGGAUGAAAUAGCUUUGAAACUAAUAAAUACAUUGUGUUGUAUAUGUACUCUUUAUUUCUUUGGCAGUUGUCUAUUUGUUGCAGACUAAUAUAAGUAUGAUAGGAACA